UCCAUUGUUAUUGUCCCGCUGGGUGUUCAGCAAACUUAUUGUCCAGUUUCAAUUCAACUUAUUCAAGUUGAAUUUGCGGUCUCAAUCCAUUAUAAACCUAUUGUUUGCGCAACAACAACGUAUACUCUUAUUCGUUUUCCCUGAUUUGCAUCGAGUUUCACUGUAGGCCUAUGUGCAGAUUCCCGAGAUUGGGCGGUUGUACAAUUUAUAUCAAGCUCUGCAACCCACAGUCUGGUUUUAGCUCAUGAUGAUUUUGGUUUUGAAACGGUGCUAAAUGCGGCAAUGGUCAUUGUAGCAGACAUCAAUCGCAUGUAAAAGGAAAUUUUACAACAUCUGCAUGUGAGACGCCUUGUGUAUAAACAGUGCGAUAAACCCAUAGUAACUACGAGUAUAGACCUACCGUCGUAACCGUGAAGUGCAGUAAACGCAGACCGUAUACCACCGACUUCUAGCGCCGGUGUAACAGACUGCCUGCAAAAGUAGUUCACAGUUGUUGGGUGUUUCCGACGUAGCUCCCGCGCCACAGAAGUGACAACGAAAAUGAAUUCUCUGUGUUCAUCCUGGCGAUGGAUGAUUCUUCUCUCCAAGGCAUCUUUGUCUUUCUUUGCUCUUGGCUUGUUCAAAGCCAUGGGCGUGUUCAUCCCGUACCUGGUGGAUGACCUUGGCGCGUCGGUGGCCGCUAUUGGGACGGCGACCGGUAUCUACGGUAGCUUGUGCUCUGUGUUAGCUCCUUUGGCCAGUGCAUUGACACCAUACGGGCCUAGGAGGCUUGUCAUCAUUGGUGGUGCUGUGAUGGCCAUUGGGACUAUGGGAGCCGCGGCCUCGACCAACUCACUUCAUCUUACAUUAUGGCUGGCCCUAUCAAGUACCGGAGGAUCAUUUGUCAACGUGUCUGCGUUCAAGCCGUUGAUGGACUACUUCCCUGAGAGUUUUGCCACGGUGAAUGGUAUCUCCUUCGCAGCAGGCACCGUUGGUAUGAUGGCCCUCCCUCCCAUAGCCGAGUGGUUGAUUGGACUGUACGGAUGGAGGGCCGCCCUCUUUCUUCUGGGCACGGCCACUUUCAAUGUCUGCGUCUUCGGCGCGCUUCUCAGACCCUGCUCAGCCAAGUCUUGCUCUUCAACGAGAUAUCAAAAGCUUCAUCAUGAAGACGAAGUCAGUGCUGCCGAGAAAGUACGAGAUGAUGAUGGUGCAGUGGGAGCGAUUAGUAGGAAGUGUGAAGCGUGCAACGGGUUUCUGCUGGAACGCUUUGACCCCAAGAUGUUUAUAACCGAGCCCCGCUUUUCCCUGUUCCAGCUUCCGUCGUUCGUCAUGGGCGCUGUCUACUCCGGCUGGCAGCUGUUUCUGGUCCCCCACUCGGUGGCUCUGGGCUACGACAGUCAGACGUCCUCGUUCUUGUCUACUUUCGGCGGCCUCGGUUCCCUCGUGGGUCGCCUGACCAGCGGAUUCCUGACCGAUCGAGACCUAAUCAAACCCAUGGACCUGUUUAUCCUCGCCUGUCUCCUUUGCGGCGUUUCCUGCCUUAUCGACCCUCUUGCCGUGUCGUCCUUACCCGCCCUGGCUGGUCUGGCUACGGCAGUAGGCCUGGCAAUCGGUUACACCUACCCGCUCACUUUCGUCAUCACGCGAGAUCUCGUAGGCGAAGAUGAACGUCAGAUGGCCGCUUUAGGCUGGCUGUACCUUUUCGCUGGCGCUGGACAGAUAUUUGGCGGCACCAUCUCAGGUUGGACGUAUGACGUAACCAGUGACUACGAGAUCGUGUUUAUGAUGUAUGGAGGUUUGUCCCUUCUCGUGAUACCGGUAAUGCUGGCAAUACGAUUUACCGGAGUGUGUUGCCCAACUUAAUAACCUUUACCAAACUGCCCAAGUUACCAACCCACUAACACGAGAGGGCGCUUAACAAAAUGGGAAACAAGUAGACAGGUUUGCUCGUACCCCCCGUCCUGCAAACAGGACGCUGGGAAGGGCUGUCAUUGGAUAGAUUUUGCGUGACCCGUGACGUAGUACGCAACACAUAAACUCGCUACAUCUGUUUAUCAUACGUAUAGCGGCUAGCUAGCAAGAUGCGAAGGUAUGAUGAUAAGUUACCCAGAAUGCCAUCCAUACUUCCUACAUAAGAUUCUGUGAAGGCAUAUGCCCUUCCCAGCAGCCUGUUUGCAGGGCGGGGGUACGGGCGAAGUAGACUGGUUCCCGCCCUGCAUUUGAUUAGCAUACAUUAGUGGGAAAGCCUCCUAGUGUAUUAAUUUUGGGAUUCACUGCCAGCUACCUAUAGGAGCUUAUUCAUUUUAAACUAAUAGUAUUAAUUUCUUUUAACUAAGUAGACAGAAAAUGUACCUGGCUAAACAAUGCAUAAUAAUUUUAUCCUUAGAUGACAUGAGAAAAAUAAAUUUGUCUUUUUCAGAUAAUAUACUGAACUCUGCUUUACUUCUAUAAACAGUAUCAUACAUGUUUUUUUGGUCAAAGAAUUAGACAUUGAACAUUAUACAUUUAUAAGAUUUACACUGAGAACACCGUUUACCCAAAUCUCGCUUUUAUUAGGCUUUAAUCAAAACGUUUUCGUAAGAUGUGGUCCCUAACUGAAAAAAAUAAAUACGAUAUUUCAUUUUUCAUUUUAAAGCUAAAGAUAUGGGCUCGGCGUUUACAUAGUUAUGUAUUUUUCACCCAAUAAAAUUGAAUAAUAAAUGUAAAGACCUUUAUAGGGACCACAACCUGGUUAGGUGCAGAUCAAGAGCCUGUAUAGGUCAUAGUUGAGUGUAUAGCGCCUGUUGAGGUGUGUGAAUAAAAGAGUGCCAACCUAGAUCGUGU